CAGACUGCUUUUGGUGAGUUUUUUGUAGGUUAGUUUGAUAGAAAUAGGUUAUCUUUGAGGUAAUAAUCACUGUUUUUUCCCCCUAGUCAACAGAUAAGCAGCGAGCCCUAGAAGAAACCAAAGCCUACACUACCCAGUCCUUAGCAAGUGUUGCCUAUCUGAUAAACACCUUGGCAAACAAUGUCCUACAGAUGCUGGAUAUCCAGGCAUCCCAGUUACGAAGAAUGGAAUCAUCAAUCAAUCAUAUUUCACAAACAGUUGAUAUUCAUAAAGAGAAAGUGGCAAGAAGAGAAAUUGGUAUUUUGACUACUAAUAAAAACACUUCAAGGACACAUAAGAUUAUUGCGCCAGCUAACCUUGAACGACCCGUUCGUUACAUUAGAAAACCUAUUGACUAUACAAUUCUAGAUGAUAUUGGACAUGGAGUAAAGGUGAGUACCCAGAAUAUGAAGAUGGGUGGGCUGCCACGUACAACACCUCCAACUCAGAAACCCCCUAGCCCCCCAAUGUCAGGGAAAGGGACACUUGGGCGGCACUCCCCCUAUCGCACACUGGAGCCAGUGCGUCCUCCAGUGGUACCAAAUGAUUACGUACCUAGCCCAACCCGUAAUAUGGCUCCCUCGCAGCAGAGCCCUGUGAGGACAGCUUCUGUGAAUCAAAGAAAUCGAACUUACAGCAGCAGUGGGAGUAGUGGAGGAAGUCAUCCAAGUAGCCGGAGCAGCAGUCGAGAGAACAGUGGAAGUGGGAGUGUGGGGGUUCCUAUUGCUGUUCCCACUCCGUCUCCUCCCAGUGUCUUUCCAGGUCAUCCUGUUCAGUUCUACAGCAUGAAUAGACCUGCCUCUCGCCAUACUCCCCCAACAAUUGGAGGCUCGCUGCCCUAUAGACGCCCUCCUUCCAUAACUUCACAAACAAGCCUUCAGACUCAGAUGAAUGGAGGACCUUUUUACAGCCAGAAUCCAGUUUCAGAUACACCACCUCCACCACCACCUGUGGAAGAACCUGUGUUUGAUGAAUCUCCCCCUCCCCCUCCCCCUCCUGAAGAUUAUGAGGAGGAGGAAGCAGCUGUGGUCGAGUACAGUGACCCUUAUGCUGAAGAAGACCCUCCAUGGGCUCCAAGAUCUUAUUUGGAAAAAGUUGUGGCAAUUUAUGAUUAUACAAAAGACAAGGAAGACGAGCUGUCCUUUCAGGAAGGAGCCAUUAUUUAUGUCAUCAAGAAGAAUGACGAUGGUUGGUAUGAGGGAGUUAUGAAUGGAGUGACUGGGCUCUUUCCUGGGAAUUACGUCGAGUCCAUCAUGCAUUAUUCUGAGUAAAGCUCAGCAGGGCUGUGCUUCCCUCACAGGAAUAGUCAGGUCUUCCCAGAUUAUCCCAAGGCCCUGGGCAUUUCCUUCUAGUGGAAUAGAAUGAAGGAUAUCAAUGAUUAAAAAACUACUUAUUUUUUGGUUUAUUCCCCAGUAUUAAAAACAAAAAGCAACUCAAGUCUGAUCAAAUGGAUCUUUAUCUUUCUGUUGUCAUUUGUACUAUGCUGAGCUGUUUGGAUUGAAAUAAAGUGACCACUUCUGAAUAUGUCAAAGGUAUAAUAUAAUAAAUAGCUAGAAACAAAUCAAAUUAAGACUGAUUCAAAGAAAAAUCUGGGAUCUUUUCUCAGGAAUACUGUACACCCUUGGAAUUCCUCUUCAUGAUAGAAUCUGAGGCACUAGAUGUUCUUCAUUGCCUGUGCUAAGAGGUUGACCUCAUUCAUGGUCCAGUGGCUGUUACAGCCCCUCACUUUCUUCCGCUUGUAUGCAGAGGAGGGAACCGGUAUUAAAAUACCAUACUUAACUAUUUAAAAAUUUUUUCAGAUGGCUUUUUUUCCUCUUUACCUGUAUAAAUUCUGCAUUCUCUCAGUACUUAGUACGUCAGACAAGUUAAUACUAAACUCAAGUUAUAUCCGUUUCUGUUUGUAGAUUGUAAGGAUGAUGAAAUUGAAAGUCUGCAAACAUUCCCAGGGUGGUAAACAGUUGCUAUAGUUUGAUUUUAAUGUGCUGCUGCGUGAGACGCAUGGCCGCUCAUGGCCAUUGCACCUGAUGUGAAAUUGAUAGGCCAGUUCGCAUGCUGAGGUUGGUGUGUGAAGCUAGACAUGAAGGUUCCUAAGGCUCUGAAGGGACUGAACUGUAGCACCGUGCCUUAGGUGCUAUUUCCAAGAAUAGGGUUUUGGAGGCUAGACCAACUUUACUGUUAUAUUUAGAAAAACACUACUCUCCUCCCACCCCCAAGAGAAUAGUUUGUUUUCAAGUGUCUUGAUAGUCACUGGGAAUAAAAGGCUGCUAUUGUGCUCUCUGAACAUUACUAAUGGAUAGUGUUAGCUGUUGCUGAGUCAUUUACUCACUGAGCUCCAGAAAAGGUAAAUAACUUGCCUAAUUCUGUAUGAUUAGACUCUGAAGUAGCUGCUCUUGGUAAGAAUUUGAACCUUCUAUUUCAAACUAAGAAUACUUACCUGAUUACAUUGAUAAAAAUCAGUAGAACUUUUGAGAGAAAUAAUUACCAAGUAUUUUACCCCAUCAGUGUAAUUGCAGCUUCAAAUUUAGUGAGGUCUGUAGGAUCACUUCUGUAAUUAGUGAGGACUGCUUCUCAGUAAGUGAACCCCAUAAUGACCAGCCAGCUUGUGGUCAGGCCCAGCCCUCUAGUGUGGCUUCUCUCCAGUUCAGUGAUUUGACCAGAAUAGAUCUUUGCUGCUAACUUCCCUGUGCUGGGUGAAAAGGAAGAAGCAAUAGCUGCUUCCUAGUGGGUUCAAGGGUGGUGCAGAUAAAGUGUAGAAGCGUGAGGAAAUUCAGAUAGCAUAGGCUAAAGUUAAUAUUCCACUUGCACAUCUGUUAUCCAAGCAUAAAGCUUAACUGAGGCCCAGCUAGUUUCAUUAUCAAGAUUUUUUUACUUUAAAGUUGUAGAGUUUUUUGUUGUAGUUGUUGCUGUUGUUUUCUUUUUUAAACAUGUUAGAAUUUUGCUAUUUUGCUUUUAGGCUUUCCCCAACACUUCACAUUUAGCUUUUUUAUUAACUUGCCUGUAGUACACAUUCCACUUCAUGCUUUUGUUAUAGGUCAUUUCGACAUGUCUUAUUCCCAAUUUUCCUUCAGUGUAAUAAUAGCCCAGAAUGUUCUCUGAGCCUUUAGCUCUAUUAUGGACCCAAACAAGACUAUACUUGGAAAGGUUAAACUCUUAGUAUUGGUGCAUAAUUAGGGAAACUUUUGAAAUUAUUUGUUUCAGUUAUUUAUUUAAAUAGUUUUUGCUGAGAAAGCUUAAUGGAUUAAUAAGACAGAAGGUGAUUUGAAAAUCCAGUAAUAUUUUCCAUAGCUAAUCAUUAUCAAAAGCAAAGACAGCUGCAGAAGCAGAGCUGGUGGCAGUCAGCAGGAGUCCAGUUUGCCAGCUAGGUGGGUGUGCAGAAAAUGCUGCUGAGGUCCUUUCCAUUGAAGAUCUGCAACGGGGAAUCUGUGAGUUUACUGGGUUUUUUUCUUUUAUGUGGUAGUAAUGUGUGUCAUUUUUUUU